UCUGCAUUCACACUCGUGACUCACAUUCAUAUUCACACUCACCCGUCGCAAUCGCAAUCGCAAUCGCAAUCGCAGUCAUCGUCAUGGCUCGCUCAUACGAUGCGCCAAGCUUGCCUCAGCAGUUGAUCUGCUACACGCUCACACCACCUCCCUCCACCACCGCCGCCAGCAGCAGCAGCAGCAGCAGCAGCAGCAGCAGCAGCGCAUCCACCGCCUCACCCUCUGUGCUGUCCAUCAUCGACUUGGCCGUGGCCAAUCCUCACUCUGCACUGCUCUCUCUGCGCACUCCAGUGCCAUCCCCCCGCAACGGCACACUCACCCUGCUCUCGCCCUCUGCCUCUGCCUCCUCCGCAACCAUACUGCACGCCGAUGCUCAUCGAGGAUUGGUGCACGCGCAUCGUCUCAAUGCGCCCUCGCUGCAAGCCAGGCUGAUGCCUCCCGCACCCAUCGCUUGCCUAUCCGCCUCUCCUGACGGCAGCUAUCUCGCUGCAUCCUCUGCGCUGGAUGGGCAGGUUUGGAUCUGGAAUACCCUCACUUCCUCCUCUCAGUCCGCAGCCAGCGCCAGCACCAGCACCAGCACCAGCACAAACGAGUUGGAAGCGGAACUGGUGGCCAGCUGGCAAGCCGCAUACAGGCCCAUCGACUGCAUCGCCUGGUCCGACGAUUCCUGCACAUUGAUCACCGCUGGGCAGGACAGCAGAAUCGCGGUAUGGCACAUGGCAAAGUGAGUCGAGGCGAGUCGAGUGGAGCGCAGUCACAAUCAGCAGACGGCACUUGCG